GAAGAAUUCGUGCACCUCUACAUUAAUAUGAUUAUUUUAAUUAUUAUUAUUAUAUGAUUUACAGCUCGUCUCACAGAAAUCUGCGUGAGAAAGCAGUAUUAUUUAAUUGUUUUGAAUGUGUCGUCAUUGAGAUAGCAUACCUAUAUAUAGUGCUCAAGUUAAUGGCCAUGUUAAAUUCAAUUCUGAAGAAAAGUUAAAAGUUUAAAGAAAACUCUUAGAAUUUUGGACAAAAUGAAAACAUUUAAAAUACUUUCCGUUGUUGGUAUGGUAUGUGUGUCGCUUGCAGCACUCACAUUCAUUGUAGGGUUGACUACCAAAAAAUGGGUAGUUACAUCUAUCUACGUGGAAGGUGGAGAUAAUCAAAAAGCUUUUAUCACGAACUUGAUUAAAUCAUAUGGUGGUGGGGGACGUUUGAAUAGCAAGGAUAUUUUGAAAUCGAUCUCAAUGAAUUUGAAAAUUACUUCAAGCUUAAAACAUAUAUGUCUUGACGUGGAAAUGAAAAGCGCUACUGUAGGAAAAGAUAUUCUUGACCUUCUUAACAACCAAAUCAAAACGCAGACUGGGAUAGCUUUUAAAUGCCACAGCAUUUCAGAUUUGAAAGACAUGUUUAAUGUUAUUAAAUUUUCAAAAGAAUUGACAAAGAAAGAUGAUGAUGUUUUUAACGCGUUGGAUAAUGUCUACAUUUGCAUCGUUGUGGCUGCCAAUUUUGCUAUUUUAGCAUUGAUUGGUUCGUUCAUAAAACUUCCUUGUUUUGCAAUAUCAAAAAAGCAAUGGAUUACGGCUGUUACCAUUUCUUGCGCCUUUAUUGCUGCCAUAACAACAGUUUGCGGCAUGGUGUUCUUGAAAGAAAAGUUUCAUCUGAAGACCGACCUUGAAGAUAUAAAGGACUCGGAAUUGGCGCAAUCCAAAAGUGCAAACAAAGAGUUAUACGUCAUCUUUAGUAUUCUCAGAAUAACAGAGAAGUAUGGUUAUUCUUAUUUUCUGAUUUGUGUUGGUUUCGGUUUGUUGGUUGUGGCCAUCUUUAUGAAUAUUAGAGAAGUAGUCAGUGGCCUAAAGAACAAGCAUAGUGGAUACGUGUGAGAUCCAAAUCCAGAGAGGAUUUACGCCUUAACACAAAACCGAUUCAUGCUAACGAUGUACGGAACAUUUACGAUGGACUAACACGUCAGCUUUUUAAUUGGCUGGAAAAUUGGGUGCGUUCCUUUUUUCUUAUAUAUACCUGAAAUAAUAAAAAAUUAUGUUAAUAGAUGAAUAGGCAUGCCUUUCAAAAGACGCAAUCGACAUGCAUUAAAAAUUUUUAAUGCAAAAUUUGCGGUCUGUUGACUUUGUUGGCUACGUUAUAUCCAUCUCCUGGCUGAAAUUACAAAAUCCAUUCAUAUUGGUAAUUUUUGUUAUACAAGGGAGUUGUUCGACGUGCCGUAUGACCAGUUAGAUAUCUAACCUCUUUAUGCUAUGCUUUUAUAUUCAAUUCUGUGAAAUAUGUAUUUAUUGAUUAGUGAAUGUUGUGAUACAUUCAUACAUAACAAGUAACUUAGUAGUGACAUUGUUGUUCUUGCUUUAAAUUAUAAACAAACGUACCCCUAUAGGGGAUGGGAAAUGAACUUUUAUGACACUGUUCACCGGAUCAAGAAGAAUAUUUGUUGGCUUUAUUAGUAUUUAAUAAGACAAUUUUGUUCUUUUCACUUUUUCCUGACAAAUUUACAAUAUU